AGUGCGCUUGGCCGUACUCGGGGCGACGCUGUGCAGAGCUUCAGACGGAGCUUCUGAUACGGCCUGACCUUUGCCCUCGCCGCGCUGUGUGGAGCUCAUGUGCGGAGCCCCUGUCAAGGGUAAAGCACUGCGCUCAGCCUAGCUCCAGAGCUCCGGUUCCAGCUGCAGCGGAGAGAACAGGCUCCGGAGCCGCGGAGGCAGAGAAGGACCGAGGGAAGCGCGCAUCUGAAGUCGAGAGGAGAGCACCGGAGCGCGGGCAUAGGAGCCACCGUUAGCCGCUGCAGUACCUGGAGUAGCAGUGCUGAGCUACCGAAAUAGCUAAAGCUGAAGUCUAAAGCUAAUAACGGAAAUGGAGGAGUUUCUGGCAAGCAACCGCGGGGCCGUGCUGUCUGGUUCUGGUCCUGUUCACGUGGUUCUGGGAAAUGAAGCUUGUGACAUGGACUCGAUGGUCUGUGCUUUGGUCUACGCCUACUUCCUCCACAAGACUAGUGCAGGAGGGGCAUUGGUGGUCCCUCUCAUGAAUAUUGCGGCUGAGGAUUUGGUUUUGAGGUCGGACUCUGUGGCUCUGCUCACCAAAACCGGUCUAAGUCCAGACCUGCUCCUGUUCAGAGACCAGGUGGAUCUGAGAAGGCUUUGUGCAGACCGAGGCUUGAGGCUGACGCUGGUGGACCAUAACGUACUGCCAGAUUCUGACAGUGACCUGGAGGAGGCGGUGGUCGAGGUCAUUGAUCACCACAAACUGGAGCGAGUCACUUCCUGUCCUGUAGCCAUGGAGCCCGUCACUUCCUGUCCCAUUGCUGUGGAGCCUGUGGGGUCGUGUGCAACACUGGUGGCAGAGAGAGUCCUGCAGAGGGCACCACAGCUGCUGGAUGCUCAGAUCGCCAUUCUGCUCUAUGGGACCAUUCUUGUGGACUGUGUGGACAUGGUGCCUGAGGCAGGAAAGGUGACUCCUAAAGACUCUGAGGUGGUUCUUCAACUCGAGACCAAAGUCCACACUCUGCCCCAAAGAUCACAGCUGUUCACAGAGCUUCAGCAGGCCAAGUUCAACGUCAGAGGUCUAAACUCGGAGCAGAUGUUGUUGAAGGAUUUAAAGUCUCUCUCUGGACCCGAAUUGAACCUCGGCAUCAGUGUCCUCUACCUCCCCUUACAGGAUUUCUUGAGUCGGCCUGGUGUGGAGGCGGAGCUCUCGGCCUUCUGUCAGAAGAUGGGAUUUGAUUCACUCUUGCUCAUGUCAAUUUCUUUAACUUCGACCCAGCAACCAAUCAGAGAGCUUGGAGUGUUCAGUCUCAGCCAGCCGAUCAGAGAACAGGUGAGUCUUUACCUGGAACAGGCAGAAAACCCCGCCCUUGACCUUCAGCCAAUCAGCUGUGUCCAUCUACAUAUCACCGCCUUUCACCAAGGAAACAGCGUGGCAUCCAGGAAGAAACUGCUGCCGAUGCUGAAGGACUUCUUGUGGAGUGGUCAGGAGCUUAUGGUCCCACCCACUCCGGUCAACAGUCUGGUCGAAGGCUGCCCCCUGGACCAAGGUCUGAGCCCCACAGAGCUACAGACCAGACUAAGCCGGGAUUAGACCGAGACUAAACCGGUACUUUAUAUUUAUAAACCGUGUGCAGCUUCCAGUUUCAGCAGGCACCAUGUUAGUCCUGACCUGGGUCUCUGUGGCGGCCAUGUUUGUAGUUCUUCUAUUCUGACUCACACUCCCAGACAGCCUGUAGGUCAGUGUGUGUGUCAUUCACGAUUACUGAUAAAUACGGCUUCAUGUGUAAUAGUUUAAUAGUGUGUUUGUCCUUUUUGUCUGCUCCUUUUUCCACCUGAAGAGGGUGUUCUCAUCCUGCCUCUUGUGGAGGGAAAGCCACACUACAGCAACAGAAGGGUCAAAGGUCAAACAUGUUAUGUAAAAAUAAUUAUGAUUAAAUAUUGAGCAUUAUAGUGAGAACCCUGUGUUUAACGUCACUGUGAGCGUAAGCAAACAAUUAAAAAAAUUGAACCAAAUCAGUGUUUAAAUCAGACAUAAUGUGCCUCAGUGCUGCCCCCUUGUGGAGCAGAACAGGCAGUGCAGCUCAGGAUGUUUGUAAUAAAAACUUCUUCAAACCAG